AUGACCAUGGUGUCCUGCUCUGACGAUGUCCGUGACAUGACGGACGAAAGCUCAGCAAUGGUUCAUCAGGGUCGCAAUGUGGUGCGCCGAGGACAUAAUCACACAAAUCUAAAACCACAGUUCCAAGGCAACCCCCUCACAGCCUCCGGCCAGUUUUUCUGUUGCAUUCUAGUCAAUUGUGUGGCCAGUAGGGCGCUGUGUUCAAAUGUCUCUGAUCCUUCUGUAUCCAUUUUUCUGCACAGUCGCUGGUGUUCUUUGAUCAUUGUGCCGAUUGUGUUUCCUCUCUCCGAUGUAUUUUUUUUUACAGUCGUUGCAGCUUAUGCUGUAAACUCCGGAUCUCUCCAUUUUGUUGAGUUCUUCAUGUUGCGUAUUUUCCAUAAGAAAUCGCAUGCUGGAAUAAUCCUUAACCUCCGGUAUAGACAUACUCGUGUAAUUAAGAUUGGAAUAUUCCGUAAGUAUAGUCAUAAGAAACCUACAACUUGUCGAUUCUAA